CUAUUUUUCUAAUAAUGAAAAACAUUAAACACUUAAAAAAUAAACGAACUUCGAAUUGAACACGUAGCUGUCUCUUCUGCAAACACAAGCGAAGGUAGAGCAAGCAAUAAAAGCCCAACACAAACACGACGCAACAACAAUUCUUCUCCUUGUUCCACAACCCAACACUCUCACAAAUUCAAUUCUACAUCCCAAACAUGAAUUUCCCCCAAAAACCAAAACUCUAUCAAACUCUACACCCACAAAUACAAUACUAACAACAAAUACCCAGUUGUAGAGUAGUACCAAAUUGUGUCUAUUUAAUUCCCUUCAUUUUUUGGUCAUGAUUUUUUACAAAACCAUAUUCCUAGUUCUCCUCACUGCCGUAGUUUGUUUCGUAAUUCGAUGGUUAUUAUUCAAAACGGGAUUAAUAUACGCCACAAAGAAACUGCAAAGAAAGUUACAAGAUUGUUUUCACGUUUACCAAUACCUCAAAGUCCCCGAAUUCAACGAAAACAUGCAACGAAAUGAGUUAUACCGUAAAGUUUCUCUUUAUUUACAUUCUCUUCCUUCUCUCGAAGAUUCUGAUUUCACAAAUCUCAUUACCGGUCACAACCAAAACGAUAUCGUUUUAUCAAUAGACUCAAAUCAAUUAAUCGAGGACCGUUUUCUCGGCGCUACUCUAUUCUGGUCUAAUAAAAAAACCGAACCGGACAGAACCGGUGCGUUCGUUCUCAAAAUUAGGAAAACCGAUAAACGCCGAAUUCUGCGGAGUUAUCUCCGCCAUAUUCACGACGUCUCCGACGAGAUAACGAACAGAGGAGAACGUGAUUUACAGUUAUUCGUUAACGUCACCGGCAGUGACGGCGGUGGUGGCAGACGAACGAGGUGGAAAUCUGUUGCGUUUACUCAUCCAGCGACGUUUGAAACUAUGGCGAUGGAAACGGAUCUGAAAAACAAAAUCAAAUCGGAUCUCGAAUCGUUUCUCAAAGCGAAGCAAUACUAUCGGCGAAUUGGCCGAGCGUGGAAACGGAGCUUCCUUUUGUACGGUGAAUCCGGUACCGGCAAAUCGAGCUUCGUCGCCGCGAUGGCGAAUUUUCUUUCCUAUGAUGUUUAUGACGUUGAUCUCUCUAAGGUUCGCGGCGAUUCAGAUCUGAAGUUUCUCCUCUUAGAAACGACAGCGAAAUCGAUCGUCGUCGUGGAAGAUCUCGACAGGUUUUUAACGGAGGAAUCGGAUUCGGCGGCGGUUACGGCGUCGGGAAUUCAGAAUUUCAUGGACGGAAUUCUAAGUUCUUGUUGCGGCGAAGAAAGAGUGAUGGUGUUCACGAUGAACAGUAAGGAGUUUAUCGAUCCGAAUUUUCUUCGACCGGGUCGGGUUGACGUUCAUAUCCAUUUUCCGGUUUGCGAUUUCUCGUCGUUCAAGACGCUUGCGAAUAGUUACCUUGGAGUUAAAGAACAUAAGCUGUUUCCUCAGGUGGAGGAAAUUUUCCGGCACGGCGCGAGUUUAAGCCCUGCCGAGAUCGGUGAAUUGAUGAUUGCGAAUCGGAACUCACCGAGUCGGGCUAUAAAAUCGGUUAUAGGGGCGUUACAAACUGACGGUGAUGGGAGGGGGUAUGGGGAUAUGAUCGUACGGCAGAUAGAGGAUGGUGACGUGGACGAAGUUCAAAACGGUGUUCUAUGUGGCGUUGAUGGAUUCUCUACGGUUAAGGAUAUACGGAAGCUGUAUGGUUUGUUUAGAUUGCGGAAUGUCAAAAGAAAUCGCUCGUCGAAUUUAUUGGUCAACGUGGGGGGAUGAUUAAUUGGUAGUACUCCUUUGGAAAAUUGGGACUUUUUUUUUUAUUAAAGGAAAUUGGAAUUUUGUUCAUACAAAAUAUUAGGUAGUGCAUUGAUUGGUUGGAUAUCCAAUUAAAACUGUUCAUAUUGGUACUUUAGAAAUGAUUUGUAAAGGUUUACUAGAAAUUAGAAUUAAUUUUUUAUUAUAAUUAAGAGCAUGUUUGAUAUAGGAUAGAAUUAUUAGCAAAAGAUUUUUUUUUCUAGAAUAACAAAGGAAAACUUUGAUAUUAUAGUUUGGACGAUAAAACCACCCUGUAUAGUUUUGUUUUUCCAUACCCCAUUAGAUGGAUUCAGUCACUUGUCAUGCAUAGUUUUUCACACUAAAGAAAAAAGUUCAAGAUUGUGCAUUU